AUGUAUUCCAUGUGGCUAUAUUCCCUGAUUCAGUGUGUAAUAGCGGUGCUGGUGAUCGGAGUGAGUGUGAGGUUGUGCUUGACUGCUGGCUGUGCUGCAGCUGGUCCAGGAACUAGAAGCUGGAGCACAUCUGCAUGCCUGAAGCUCUGCCUCUGCUUGGUCGGGUCAGUGGGCAGUAUUGUGGACGCUCCUUUGUCUGUGCUGUUGAACCUGAGGAGCUCCCAGUGCCUGUACACCUGUAUUGCCAUGAUCUCUUGCCCCCUCCUGCUCAGGCAGUUCACCGUGUGCCUUCUGCUUCUACUCACCCUUAAUACACACCUACAGAGCCGCCUGGGGAACAGAUAUGCAGGCUUAGUGACUCGUAGGCGGGUUUUGUGCUUGGUGCUGCUCUGCUGGGUCAUUUCAGUGAUCAUCGCCUUCGGCCAGUUCAUCGUUUCCAACUCUUCGGAUACCUCGGGAGCGUCUGUGGAUGACGAUACGGCUGGACUGGGGAUGGAUGAAUGGCCUGAAGCCAAUUAUACCACCCCUGCCCUCCCUCCCAAACGUCCCUACCCAAAGGAUCGCUCUGUAAUUGGGCAGUUCUUGCCUUACGGAGGAUUUCUUUCCAAGUUCCUGGUGGAGGACAAUGAGAACUUCACAUAUGCGGAGAUCCACGGCAGCCAUUGGGGCAUCUGUGCCCCCGACACCACGCUCAGUCCAGUCUUCAUGGUGUAUGUUUAUGCCGUCACCGUGUUUGUUAUCCCUUUGUUUGUUCUGUCGGGUGUGUAUCUGGAUUUAAUGUGUUUCAUGCCACAGCAGGUUCCAGCGAACUCCACAUUUUCUCAGAAACGAAGCUCAGUGCAGUCUCGCUCAUUGGCUCUCUCCAUUUCUCUACUAGUAAUGCUUUGCCUGCCCCUGCACAUCACCCACGCUUUGUUACUCUUCGCCCCGAGCGCCGCAAGACCCAGCUGGACCUCUCUGAUGGCCUCUGUUCUCUUCCAGAUGUAUAGCCUAGUGCCCCCUCUUCUCUUCACCAACACCUCUCAGCAGGUAGGCUUCGAGUGCUCCUUGUUAUCCGCGCCCAACCUGACCUCGAGGGUUCUCUCCUCUCGAGUCAAAUCUGUGGGGAGUGCUUUCCGUUCAGUGGAAGAUUUCAGUCACCCUGGACAAACACUGAAAGUCAAAGCUUCUCCAGAGAUAUGAUGGGAUGUCAUGUGAAGAGGGCACUUGCACCAAAAGUUAUCUGUAGAGUCUUUGCAUGGGUUAUUUGAAAUUAUUGAGUAAAACUAAUCCAAUACUAGCUCAUGGCAGAUGCCAGGCUUUCUGCAUUGAUCCAUGUCAAUUCAGAUUGAAUUAAAGAAGUGUGUUGCUGCACAAUGAUUUACUUCAUGCUUUUUUAUAUUGUAUGAAACCUAAAACUAAAGUAUGACUACAAGGGUAACUUUUUGAGCCCUCUGUAAUUAUUAUACACCUACAUAUCCCAUUUCUCCAAAAUGUAGCCAUUUAAAUAUAUUUUAAUAUCUAUUUAUAUAGGCACAUUUUAAUAUU